AUGACGCUCGCUGAGGAGUUCAAGUCGAGGAAUUUCAGUAUCUACGGUCAAUGGACCGGAGUGCUGUGCAUAUUCCUAUGCUUCGCCCUCGGCAUCGCAAACAUCUUCCACGCCAACUUUGUGAUCGCAUUCAGCAUUGUAUGCUUAGUUUGUUCCUUCAUCAUUAUAUUCAUCGAGAUACCCCUCUUGCUGCGCAUCUGUCCGACGUCGUCGACCUUUGACAACUUUAUCCGCAAAUUCAGCUCCAACUACAUGCGCGCGGUCAUCUACUUUGUCAUGAGUGCGAUACAAUGGAUCAGUAUCUGGCCCAUGGCGACAAGCUUAAUUGUCGCUGCCAUCUUCUUGCUAAUCGCUUCCAUGUUCUAUGCACUUGCUGGAUUCAAGGGGCAGCAAUUCCAGGGCAGCAAAACCCUAGGUGGACAGGGCGUCGCACAAAUGAUCAUCUAA